UUGGGCAUACUUCUCUAGAAGUCUACAUUUUUACGACUUUUUACACAUAUUUUAAAUGUGUUUUAAAUAUUUUAAAUGGUUUGGUAUAAGAGGAAGGAAAAUAUAGCGGGUGGCAUCAUUGCUGCAGUUGCUGUUACUUUAAUCCUCGGCUUGUCAUUGGGACUGACUCGCCGUCAGAAGACAAUUAAAUCUACAUUCUUCUCUAGGUGUGAGAAGUUCAAAGAACAUGACUGUCAAAAGUUAUGGGAUCUCUUUGAGAAGGCCCAUGUGAACAAGGAUCCAUGUAACGUGCCAGUGGAAGCUUAUGAUCCCCUCAUUGCUGCAGCCCCCUUUAUACCAGACUGUAAAAAAAUGAUGUUCUGGAGCGGCACAAAGGAUGUGGUCCAUGAUUUAACUGCAAAGAGAAAGGACUGUUAUUUCACUUUGGAGGACACUCUGUUGGGAUCUAUCCUGGAUGGUCUGAUGUGGUGUGGAAAGAACGGCAAAGACGAUACCUUUACUACUGGGUGUCCCGGAUGGUCAGACUGUGAAAACAACCCCGUUCGAUCAUUUUGGAAAUGUGCCUCUGCUGCUUAUGCAGAUGCUGCCUGUGGUGAUGUCACGGCAAUGCUAAGCGGGUCCACCACCACACCAUUCGAUCCUGAAAGUAUUUUUGCAAGCAUUGAGGUGACGAGGCUUAAAGCCCCUAGGGUCAGUAGCCUGAAUGUUGUUAUGGUCUUACAGAUGAAUGCCAAAUCAGACUGUACAAAUGCAUCCUUGAAGAAUUUACAGAAUCAGUUAGACCCAAACAUAACAUACAGCUGCAAAGACGUGGCUGAACAUCGGGUUGAGCAAUGCGGGUCCCAACCACAGAUAAUGUGUGGAUCCUGCUGGUGAAGAUGUGUGAUUAUAUCUGAAAUAACAUAAUACCACUGAGUAUUUCUGUACAUGUGAAAUGCAUUUUUCUAAUGAACAUCUCUAACACAGCUGCUAUCUCCUGGUUGGCAGAAUAUGCAUUAUUUUCAAAAUAAAAUGUUAACAUACAA